AUGGAUGUAAUAGAAGGAAUGAAACUUUAUGCAGCAUCGAAGAAAGGCAUUUUUGCUUCACCACUGGCGUUGUUCGACGAAAGAAAAUCAAAAUGCAAUCUUCCUGUGGAGAGAUUGGGCUAUGCCCCAGUCAUAGCCGUGAUGGCGGCUCUGCUUUGUGCUUUCGUUGCGGGGGGUCACACGCUCUUGCGUUGUUUACCGUCUCCUGCCCAAUCGUUCUUCAUAUUCAACGCUAAUGAGGACAACCGUCUGUGUAUCGAUCCCUUAUUGGCGCCUAAAGAACAUGCUCCGGAUAUAGAUCAUUUCCCUCGAGUAUCUGUUAUACCGGUAAGUUUAUCUUCUUCGAGUGAAAAUGAAGAAGAAAAUUCUCAAGUUAUUAAAAUGCACAGACUACACAGAGAAGGAGAAAGUAGUUCAAGGGAUAAAGAACUAAUGUCUGAAUCCGAUGCACCUUCAAGUAGUCGAAUGGAAAUCCCCGAACCAGAAAGGAAGAAUACAGUAAGAUCACUGACAGAAAAGUUACAGGGUAGGUUUAAGUUUGUGACUAAAUAUGCUUCAAAGAAAAGUACAUACGAGAAAAACGCAAAAACGUUUGAUCUG